AAAAGAGCGUUGACUGAACAGUGAGUUCAUGAAGACAAACUUACUGCAACCUGGAGGGAGGGUCUCAGAAUCUAUCAAAACAUAUGGGCACAAUGGUCUGUGAGGGUGAUGCGCUAGAGGAUACUCGCUUUGAGGCUGAGCGCUUGCUUGCAAGUAGUCGGAAUUUCGUGGCUCCAGACUGGAACUGAUCGUGUGUCUACAUUCCAGACUCGAAGGCCGUGCAGUUUCAGGGGGUGGAGCAUCUUCAUCUACUUGAAGCUCGACAGAGAAUCUCCAGAUCUCUGUUUAUACUGCCCUUCAAGUUGCUGAGUCCGCUGUCAUAACUAUCUCUCGGCUCCUCGUACCGACUUUCCACCAAGAGGGAUUCUUAAUUUCAGAUAACUGCAGUGUUUUGGUCGAUUGGACCAUUUUCCCUUUAAUUCCUCAUUUUAUCCUCCCCCUCUGUGCUUCUGUACACGUCUUGUUGUGCUCUUAAGACCAGUGUGGUGGACCAAAUCAGUCAUGAAGUAAGAAGUACUAUUUGCAAUCUAUUUUCAUGCCAAGAUUAACAGAAUGGAGGGGACAAGAGGGCUAGGGAGUUGGCACAGGAGAUGGAAAGGGAGCGAGCAUGAUAGCUGGGAGAUGCACAUGAGAGAGAGGAUAUGCUAUUGGACGGAGGUGGCUCAAGAAGGGGCAUAACAUGUACCAUUGUAACAAUCUUCGCAACAGUCAAGGGCAGGGAAGAAGCAGCUUGCACCUGAAAUUCAGGCAUGCAAGAAGAUAUGAAUUAAAUAUAUUCAAAUAGAGUCGGAAGCGUGCUGCUGCCGAAACCGAGGAGAGAGUGGCGGGGGCUCAGAUACCGGAACGGAUUUCGAAGAAAAAACGUGACGAGAACAGUGAUCAAAAGCUCGACCUUUGAUUGACUUCCGAAUCGUGUCAACGUGCUGCUUGACCACUGGAAGGGUGCGAUUUAUGCAUUCUCCUGAGGCUUCCAUCCAUUUGCUGGGAUCCAUUCCUACUUAAUGCUGCACGAUUGGCUCUACCUGUAAGCCCAUCGAGCUCUCGUUCUCCAGCCAUCAUUCGUACCAACCGCUGAGCGAGUUAGAAUUCACGAGUUCAGAUGGAAGUACCGAUGGAGUGACGAACAAACAGACACGGCGUCUCAUUUCGUCUGACCAUUUUUUCAUUCAUGAUGGCAGCAAGAGUCGUUGGUUGUUAAAUUUUCAGUCUCGGACGCAUCGAACGUGGUCUGGACUCGAAUCUUCACAACUGCAACCAUGCAAGGAAGGCCAACAGACUCACUGUCAUUCAACUCCAUAAUGUCAAUGACGUCGCUGGUAGCGAUGGCGGCUCUGAUGCUCCUGACAAGCUGCACGGUGUGUGACGGCUCUGCUCCUGGGAGUUCAAGACGGCUACUGCAGGUUGAUGAUUCGAGCUCUGCCCAAAGCUCUUUCAGAAUGACAAUGAUGCAUAGGGACCAUGUGGACUCGCCCCUCCGUGAUGCUUCUGGGAAUUACAGCUUCACAGAGCGACUGAAAAGUGCUAUCGCACGAGGCAAAGUUCGGUCGAAAAGUGUGAGACGAGUGAUUGCAAAGCUGACUGAGUCCAAUUCCUCCCACCCUCGAGAGGCUGAGCUUCUGGGGGUGAAGUCGAAGGUGGCUUCACAGCAAGGAGAGUACGUGGUCAAUUUCCAACUGGGCACACCUCCUCAGAGCUUCGUGGCAAUUCUGGACUCUGGAAGCGACCUGAACUGGGUGCAAUGCAGCACACGGAAGAGCCGGAUCAAUACUCCGAACCCACCAUUCAACCCUUCCACUACCAGCACUUACAAAAAAAGUCCCUGCGGUACCACUUUCUGCAAUUCACUGCCUUUGCCCAGAAUUUCAUGCACCUCCACCUGCGAAUACCAGUAUGGCUAUGGAGAUGGAACUACCAGCAUAGGAGACUUGUCCCUAGAGACUCUCCAGCUCGCUUCCACCACCGGUGGAUACAGACGAGUCCCCAACUUCGCUUUCGGUUGCGGACAGGAAAAUUAUGGAGAUCUGGCUGGAAGUGAUGGGAUCGUGGGAAUUGGCCAGGGCCCCCUGUCCAUGCCAUCUCAGCUGGGCUCCGUGGUGGGCAAAAGGUUUGCCUUCUGCUUGGUGGGCAUGUACGAAGCGACCACCACCACGAGCCCGCUGGUCAUCGGGGGAGAUGCUUUCUGGCCUUCGAAUGGCAGCCUCUGGACGCCGAUCGUGAAGAAUGCCAGAAGCCCCACGUACUACUAUCUGCAAGUCGAAUGCAUCAAGAUCGCCGGAAAGUGUCUGAGCAUUCCGGCUUCUGCUUUCAACAUCGCCUCGAAUGGCGCUGGAGGCACCAUCCUCGACACUGGAACCACCAUGACCGAGCUCCUCCCAGCUGCUUACAAUGUUUUAAUCGCGGGCUUGAAGACUGCUGUCAAGUUCCCGCAGAUGGAUGGGUCCUGGUAUGGAUUCGACCUGUGCUUCGACACGAGCUCCUCCGUCGCAGCACCGGUGUUUCCUAAGAUCUCCUUCAGAUUCAGUUGGAGUGAUUUCACCCUGCCGGACGAUAAUGUGUUCCUGAACGUGGACGUGGACGUGUACUGUCUGGCUAUCAAUUCCGGCUAUGGUAUCAACAUCAUAGGCAACAUCCAGCUGCAGAAUUUCUACGUGUUUGUGAACAAGGACACGAACGUGAUUGGCUGGAAACCAGCCCAAUGUGAUACGAUCAAGUGAUCGUUGUCGUUGCGACGCUGUAACCUUCUAUUUGUUUAAUAGCUUGUGCAUUAGCAGGUAACUAACAGACAAUCGAUCGACACAUGGAUCUGAUCCCAGGCCUCAAUUUAGAUGCUUCGAGGAUUCCUAGGAUUCUUAGUGUCGCAAUCACUAGUUCUGCGAUUUAAUUGACUUUGAAGCUUCCGUAGGGGGAGCCCCUGCUGCUAUCCGAUCCCAGUCCUUAAAUGGAUUCGUGGAUCUUUAGUGGGUUUUCAUCCAUUGCAGCAUCCGUCUCUAGUUGAGCUGGUCCAAUAACUGCUUCAAAUGGCUUCUGAACCUAGGCCUCGAAUAGAGUAGCUUACAGGAUGUACGGUGAAUGUUGAUGCUUAUUAAAACCCUUAGUCCUUCAAUUACGCUGCUAUCUGAUUCCAGGCCUCACUUCUGAGUAGCUUCGAGAAUCUUCAGUGAAAUUCCAUGAGCAUGAACCGAGUCUUCACAAUUCAGUAGAUUCGAUUGAGUUGCUUCACAUGAAAUUAGAGUUAGAGAGAGAGAGAGAGAGAGACUACUACCAGGAACCAUUUCUCGUUGUAUAAUCCGCAAAAUAAAAUGGUUGUACACCGUUAAUAAGAGGGUUAUCUACUCUUAAAUGCGUGGGAAUCUAGUUUCGAGUCAGCAAUAUACUCUGUCUCUUGAGUGCUUCGUCUGCUUUCACGUCAUAAUCUUAUGGGUGUGAAACUGGAGUCCUGAAGCCUUG